CAAUAAGAAAAAAGGCACUUACUUAUACGGUGUUUCUCUCUCAUAGUUCAAAAUUCGAAUUUGAAAGCCCAAACCCACGCAUGAAGAUGCUCUGGCCCCUAUCAACCCACUCUUGCUGCAUCAGUAUCGCCAUCUUAACAAUCUUCUUCGCAACGACGUCGUUUAGCGAUGCUCAAACCUGCAACGGCAUACUCCUCUCUUACGCCUAUGCCGGCGGAACGCGGCUGCCGCCGAACGUCUCCGACCCGGCGAAGCAACCGUAUCGGUUUGAGUCGACGCUGACGGUGCUCAACAACGGUCUCGACGAGCUCAAGUCUUGGAAGGUCUUCGUUGGGUUUGACCAUGACGAGUGGUUGGUCUCCGCCUCCAAUGCUGUGCUCUCCGACGGCACCACUCUCCCCACCGGUGUCGGAAACGGCACUGUUUUUGCUGGAUACCCCAUGACUGAUCUCAAGACCGCCGUGGAAACCGCCGGCGACUUGACCCAGAUGCAGGUUCAGGUGGACCUCGUCGGAACCGUGUUUGGGGUGGCGGCGCCGAGUGUUCCUAUGCCCUCUUCCAUCAGCCUCGCCAAUGAUGGUUUCAUCUGUCGCAAAUCCACCACCCAAGGGAAGAAUGCGAGUAGUGUGUGUUGCACGAGAGAUCCCAAGUUCAAAACAAACAUAACGACAGAUGAAAAGUUUUUGCCACGUCAGAAUGGUGAUCUUACCAUUAUGUAUGAUGUGAUCAGAACCUAUGAUUCCAAUUAUUGGGCUGAGGUUACCAUUGCAAACCAUAACCUGCUUGGCAGGCUUGACAAUUGGAGGUUGAGUUGGGACUGGAUGAAUGAUGAGUUUAUAUAUUCAAUGAAAGGGGCUUAUCCCGCAGUUGUGGAUGCUUCUGAUUGUGUCUUUGGUAAGCAAGGUACAUUCUACAAGGAUCUUGACUUUGCCAAUGUGUUGAAUUGUGAAAGAAGGCCAACUAUUAUUGAUCUCCCUCCCACCAAGUUCAAUGAUACGGAUCUUGGGAGGAUCCCCUUUUGCUGUCGCAAUGGUACUAUAUUGCCACCAUCGAUGGACCCUAGCAUGUCUGCUUCCAAAUUCCAAAUGCAGGUCUUCAAAAUGCCGCCAUCACUUAAUCGGUCCCAGCUUUCUCCGCCACAGAACUGGAAGAUAAAUGGUACCCUCAACCCUGACUACAAAUGUGGCCCUCCUGUCCGGGUCAGUCCCAGUGAAAAUCCAGAUCCAUCAGGCUUACCGUCGAACAAAACUGUAAUGGCCAGUUGGCAGGUUGUGUGCAACAUAACAACAGCCAAGGGAACACCAAGCAAAUGCUGUGUCUCGUUUUCAGCCUAUUACAAUGAUUCAGUUAUUCCUUGCAAAACGUGUGCUUGUGGAUGCCCCAAGAAUACAGAAAGAACAUGUAGUACCACUGCUCCAGCUAUGUGGCUUCCACCAGAGGCACUCCUUGUUCCUUUUGAGAACCGAACUGCCAAGGCUGUUGCUUGGGCUAGUCUGAAACAUUUGCGGGUGCCAAACCCGAUGCCCUGUAGCGAUAACUGUGGUGUGAGCAUUAACUGGCAUUUAUACACAGACUACACUAAAGGAUGGAGUGCAAGGGUCACACUUUUUAAUUGGGGUGAGACUAACUUUGCAGACUGGUUUGCUGCAGUGCAAAUGGACAAAGCAGCUGCAGGUUUUGAGAAAAUGUAUUCAUUCAAUGCAAGUACCCUAGAAUUAAAUGGCGUAAACAAUACAAUAAUUAUGCAAGGUUUGCCGGGUUUGAACUAUCUCGUAGCAGAAAGAGAUGGAGAUGACCCUCUGAGAGAUCCUAGGGUGCCUGGUAAACAACAGUCAGUAAUCUCAUUCACAAAGAAAACUACACCCGGAAUCAAUGUAGCUGGUGGAGAUGGGUUUCCAACCAAAGUGUUUUUCAAUGGGGAGGAAUGCUCUCUUCCUUCAGUGUAUCCAAGCAGUGGUUUCAGGAAGGGUUUUUCAUGGUCUACUUCCAUGCUUUUAACACUGUUUCUGAUCGUCUUGAUGCGGUGAUAGUGGCUAUGUUUGAUUUUGGCUCUGACUUGCUGUUGUCCCGAGACAGGAUUUAAUUCAUAUAUUGACCUCACCACAGGAACACAGUGAGAAACGUCAGUGGACUUAGUCGUGCUGUUGUAUCAUUCAUGCUGUAUGUGUGGUUUGGAUGCUGUGGCAAUCAUUGUUUAAUUGAUAUGUGAUUCUUUCGAGCAUGUUACAGUACAGAAAGAUUGUAGAUUUCCGUUAGGUGAUAGAAAUAUAUUACUUUGUCUAUUGAAAGUAUUUAUUUUUUCUUUUUCUCUUUUUGUAUUUGUUUUAUUUUUGAGCAACUCUUUUAGGCAGUGGUUAUUGCAGGUGUUCAAAUCAUUAAAAAUGUUUCACACGUCCAUAAAAUAAUUGUGCCUUAGAAAUGACAUUGUAAUGGCAGAUGUGUAUAAUUAAAGUUCUCCUUGUCUUGGUCAGUGAUGAAAACUGGGAUAACAUUGUUUUGAUAACCGAGUAGAACCAAAUGAUUCAAACUGCAAUGAACCAACCAGGAGACUGUUUCCAUGGGGAGGACACUAAGGGUCACUUGGACUCCUACAAAAUUGGUUGAGCCAAAAGUCAGUAAAGAAUUAAUUAACCUAGUUCAAUUUCACUGAUAUAAAAUUUGGUUGAAUUGUUCCUUUUCCAGUUUUCUAAACAAAAUUUGUUCAUCGCUGACCAAGAUUGGGAAGGGGAUGUGGGAAGUUUUAAGACACAAGAUUCAAAUCAUGGUCUUAUUGCAUAUAAUCUGCUAGCUCUCAUCACUUGAACUAUACCGCCAGUUUAUUCAAAAAUAUUUUUUAAACAAGUAAAAGUCUACAUAUCAUGU